GUUAAAGAACCUCCCCUCCCCCCAUUAAAAAAAAGAAGGCGUAGGCUAAUUUAGGUAAUUCACUUGAGUAAAAACUAGAUAAAACCCCUUAAUAAACCGGAGCACUUUAACAUGUACUCGAAUAAGGUGGAAGGGCCACGCAGAGGACGAUCGUUUGACUCUAUGAACAUUGGCUUUGAGGAAAAGCUACUCAACAAUGAGAUAAACAAGUCAACCUUCACAAAAAUCGAAGAAAACACAGAGAAGAAUUCAUCCGAGAAAGGGAGAGCAACGAUAAUCUUCUCCCUGAAAAAUGAAGUUGGAGGACUUGUGAAGGCUCUCAAACUCUUCCAAGAAAACCAUGUCAACCUCAUACACAUUGAGUCCAGAAAAUCCAAAAGGCGCAACUCUGAGUUUGAAAUUUUUGUGGACUGCGACAGCAACCACGAACAACUGAACGAAAUCAUCCAUCUGCUCCGGAAGCAUGUGAAUGUGGUGGACAUGGACCCUCCAGAUAACUCCUGUCUGCUUGAAGAAGAUAUGUACGAUGUACCUUGGUUCCCAAAGAAGAUAUCUGACUUGGACAAGUGUGCUAAUCGUGUCCUGAUGUAUGGAUCUGAGCUGGAUGCCGACCAUCCGGGUUUUAAGGACAAUGUCUACCGCAAAAGACGAAAGUAUUUUGCUGAUCUUGCCAUGGCCUACAGACAUGGGGAUCCCAUCCCUCAUAUUGAGUUCACAGAGGAGGAAGUGAAGACUUGGGGUGUUGUGUACAGGGAGCUGAACAAGUUGUACCCCACCCACGCCUGCCGGGAAUACUUGAAGAAUCUGCCACUGCUGUCCAAAUACUGUGAAUGUCGGGAGGAUAACAUCCCUCAGCUGGAGGAUGUCUCCCGCUUCCUCAAAGAACGAACUGGAUUCACCAUCAGACCUGUGGCAGGUUACCUGUCCCCACGGGACUUCCUUGCUGGUUUGGCCUUCCGGGUUUUCCACUGUACCCAGUAUGUGCGGCACAGCUCUGACCCCCUGUACACGCCAGAACCGGACACAUGCCAUGAACUGCUGGGACACGUUCCGCUGCUAGCAGAACCCAGCUUCGCCCAGUUCUCUCAGGAGAUUGGUCUUGCUUCACUCGGGGCCUCAGAUGAUUCUGUUCAGAAACUGGCCACAUGCUACUUCUUCACAGUGGAGUUUGGCCUAUGCAAACAAGAAGGGCAGCUGCGAGCAUAUGGAGCGGGCCUGCUGUCAUCAAUCAGUGAGCUUAAGCAUGCGCUGUCUGGAAAUGCAAGGAUAAUGCCUUUUGACCCCAAAGUAACAAGCAAGCAGGAAUGCAUCAUCACAACAUUUCAGGAUGUUUACUUUGUGUCAGACAGUUUUGAGGAAGCCAAAGUCAAGAUGAGGGAGUUUGCCAAGACCAUCAAGCGUCCCUUCACAGUUCGAUAUAACCCCUAUACUCAGAGCGUAGACGUGCUGAAAGACACUCCCAGCAUCAACAGUGUGGUUGAGGAGCUCCGGCACGAGCUUGAUAUCGUGGGUGACGCUCUCAGCAGGCUCAACAAGCACCUGGGCGUCUGACUGAAUGCUGUUCAACUGAAGUUAGCCGUCUCCGGCUCAUCCACACUCACCAUGUGACACCCAGCGCUGCUGUAGAGAUGUCUGCUUGUGUUUUUGUGACUAAAAUGAAUGUGCAUCACUUUAUGGAUAAAUUCUCUGUUGUUCUCGCUGCAUGGUGUAUUGCUAAAACUAUUUACAGGCGAAUUAGAUAGUCGUGUUUAACUUUUAAAUCAGUAAGUUCCACAAACCCAAAGAGCUGCUUUAUCUGACGCACCAGUUUUGCUUCCAUUGUGUUGAAAUCUGUAUCGCAAACACUCUAUGUACUUUCAAUUUUUUUUUUCAACAUUUCCUGUUGUUAAAAAAACACUUAAACGGAUUCUUCCUUUUCAGUUUACUCUGGUGUGUAAUUGCCCAUUUUUUGUAAUUUAUUUGUUUUUUUCUAGAGAGAUCAUCUAUAUCUUGUUUUUGUUAUUUUGCUCUCUGUGUCCUCUGUUCUGUGUGCUGUUUGAAGGAAAUUAUGAAAGAUAAAACUUUAACUCACCAGUGUUAUAAGAAUGCUUUCAUGAUUGAUUAUAACAGAUUGACCUGCGUACACAGCUUGUUUUACAGUAAUGAUUUUGAAUACUUCUUCCAAAUGUGACUGCAGUUGUCAUAGUCUGGAAAUCCAAACAUUAUUUUUCUACUGUAAAGAAUUAUAGUGAAUAGGUGUAGGCUGUGUAUAAAACUGAAAAAACCCUCAAUAAAAAGUUGGAUUGUGUCUUAAAA